AUGGCGAAAGUCCCGCUUAAGCAAGGCGCAUCUGGUCCGUCGAACAGAAAUGCUGCCAAGAGCCUGCAUGUCGACAGGAACAAAAACUCUGAGCAGUGCGUGUACCUCGGAAACCUGGAUACUGCCAUCACUGCUCGGGAUAUCGAGCUCUUGCUCGCUCCGUUCGGCCCGGUAUCCUCAAUUUUUAUUAAAAAACCGAUACCCACUCGCAACAGCACCUACGGGUUUGUGGAAUUUGCAAGAACAGAAUCUGCUGAAAAAUGCCUCAACUCACCAAAUCGGCUGAGUUUCGAUGGUGCUCCUAUUGUUGUAGCUCGCAAAAGUAACUGCAGAACCAAGCAAAAGUACAAGUUCCGUCAAGGGUCCCGGCGCCGGUCAGAGAGUUCAUGCAAGACCACCUACGCAUCCUGCAUAACACCCGCCGUUAAUAGAGAUGUUGACCGGGUGUCGGCAGGCACUGCAGAAACGCUCACGCCGAUAGGGUCGCAGUCAAUAUACGAUAGAUCCCCGGUACCUCUAGGCAAGGCAGAUGAGCUGUUUUUGCCUGCAUUUAUUGCGACUCCUGCCGAUCAAGAUAACGACCGGACCGUGAUCCGGUACCCUGGUCCGUAUGCAUGCUCAGAAGCGCCGAAAGGGGAUCGCUGUACGACGCUCUUGGAUAGCUCGGUGUCAUCGAGCUCAAACAUCUCGUUAGUUUGUGGGUACGGCGGAUCGGCAGCCAGUGACACCCCAUUUCGCAGCGGUUCAUUCGACCUGGCAGAGAGCCAAGCAAAAGGCAGUUUAUUAAAAACUCGAGUCUUGCGAGUUGAAAAAAUACCCCAGGCCUGGACGGCUACAUCAUUAUUCAAUAGCCUGCGUUUUUAUUUUGGAGACGCCAUUCGAGCAACUCUCGUUUACGACGACCUGGACCAGUAUUUCUUCAAGCAAGGAUUCGUGGAAGUAGACAACCCCGUUACUGCUGUUGCUUUGGAAAACUGGAAGGAAAAAAGCUACGGCUCUAGUGCACUAGAAUGCUACAGGAGUGAGAUCGAAAGCAUCGCGAAAGUUUGCCAGAGCUACAAUGGGAAAUUCACUUCAUACGUGUAUCCCGAGCAAGAGCCGGAGCACUGGGUCCAUCCGCUAAACGAAGAAAUGAGCCCAUUGUUUACACCGCUAACUGCAGAUAGUGAGACCCCGGCUACUCCGGCCGAAUCUCCAGGCGCCAAGGCGAUUUUUGUUGACUUUCCAAACGAAGGCCGACCGCUAUUCAAGCCCAAGCAUACCAAUUUAAAUCAGUUGGCCCUCGCAAACAGUGCCUUUGCUCAAGUUCCGAAGGUGCCAGACGGCAAAUAUUCAAAAUACUCGCGCACUAUUGUUUUGUCAAAUGUCAAUGUGUCGGAUGGUGGCACAUACUUACAGAUGCUUGCGCAAAAAUUCGGCAAUGUUCGUCACCUAGACGUGACAUCGGGAGGUGAACGCAUUUACAUAUCAUUCACCACUAGCGAAGAAGCUUGUGCAGCAAUGCAAUAUCUUAAUGGAGCCACAAUUGGAAAGAGUGAUUGCAUAGCCGAGCUUUGCUAG